GAUCGAAGUCACUUUCAACGAAUUCUUUAAACCGAAGAGGAUAUAGAUAUUCAUAUCAGCACCAGAUAUUUGUUUCUGAACGUUCCAGUAAAAUUCUACUGCGAGAAAGUUCGGUACUCAAAUUACCUUUUUAAAUUGAAAAUGACGCCUACGUUCCGUUGGGUGUUCCUGUUGGCGAUGGUGGGCCGCGCCGCGAGCGUGCCAAGGCCUCUCGUGGUCGACGCUUGCGCCUUGCUCUGCAAUCCCGGAGCAGAGACUGAAUCCGAGCGAGAGCGGGAUCCGAACCUAUUUCCCCGAUAUCCCAAAGUAAACUGCAAGCUUCAGUCCGGCAGCGACGAGCACCAGUCAUGGAUUAUUGCCAGCCACUGCUUGAAACUGUGCAGCUACGACCUGUCAAUCUCUUCGGAAGUUAACUGUUUCGCUCUGAGAUCGUCUCUCGGAGCGAGUUUAGGAUGUUAUUGUGAAGCUUUAACACCCUUGAGUCCGAACACUAUGCGGCUGCACGAAAGUUGGAGGCUCGACUUUUUGGUAAAGCAAUUGGCGGAGGAUAUCGUGACGAAUAUUCUCAAUUCCCCUCUCGAUACAAUCAUCCUGUGUGAGCUUCACGAGGAGCUGUUCAAGAAUCAGACAGAUACGUUAGCCAAAGGAAAGCUAACGGACGCGUGCGUCAGAGAUCAAACUAAAGUACGUAGAAGGCGAGGUGCUGAGAAGAAAACGGAACAACCAGAUGACCCGAGUCCAAGGCAAACUGAACGAGAUACUGAGGAGAAAACGGACCAACUAGAUGAGCCGGUGCCAAAACUAUUUAGUUCAUGUGAACGAGAUGCUGAGGAGACAACGGACGAAACAGAUAACAUGGUUCUAGAACGAGAGGAACGAGUUACUGAAGAGAAAACGGAUCAACCACAAGCGAAAAAACAGACGGAUGAAGACCAGGACGCAACGGUGGAAACAUCAACCGACAUGCCGGACAUCGACGAACUAGGCAAGACCCUGCUUGUGAUGAAUAAAAUGUUCUCCGUGGUUAGAGAUGACAGUCCAGAACUUAUCAAACUUCCUCUAGACGAGCGUCCCCGAGAGCCGAGAGAAAUAUUGUUGAAUCCAAAUGAAGGUCAGGAUCAGAACCAAAACACCGAGGACUCUAUUAGUGAGGACAAAAAGUGCAAGGAAAUAUGCACGUACACCAAAACUUCUGAAAACUGUAAUUGCGAAUUAUACGCCCAGAGUUAGAAAGUUGAACAAUUACUUAAAACAUAUACGUGAAUAAAACAUAAUAGGCAGGAGUUCGCGUAGAAAGGAGGUGCGGGGCAUGAAUUUAUCUUAUAGAUUAAUGGAUUCGUUGUAUUAAAGGCAUUUCUUAUCGUAAUUAUGGAGACGUAAAAGAGAAAUAAAAUCUGAAACAUGAUUUUAUUUCUUACUUUUGCUAUUCAAAUUGAUUUUUGCCACGUCAAUUUAAUAUAUAAUAAUAAUUAUAAUACGUAAGAAAAACUAAUAAAUUAUUUGGUACUUGAAUUAUUAUCUGUUGAAAUGCUUUGUAAUAUGCGUAAUUCCAAAAAUUGUAUACUAUUAUUAUUAGUUCGUCAUGAUUCAAGGGUUAUAAAAAUAUCAGUAUGCCUUUCCAUACAUUAUUCCAUUCUUAAAUUUUGUAUUCUUCUAUUUUUAAUAUACAUGUGCUUUUUAUAUAUGUGAUUUGAAUUCUUCUUU